UGAUCAAUUAAAUAAGAAAGAAUAGCGAUAUCAAUUCAAAAGAUGGAUCAGUUUAUUUCGAGAGGCAAAAGUACUUGAUUGAGUCAGAUGUUCUGUCUGACUCAAACUUAACUAACCACAGUCUAUCAUCAAUGGACAAAAAAAAAAAAAAAAAAAAAAAAAAAAAACAAUCAAAGUGACUUGACACUUUUUCCAAGUGUUCCAUCAAUUUUGUUCAUUGAAGAUCAGGAGCGAAUUGAUGUUAUCUACACUCAGAUGACUUCAAUUUUGGAUGGCACACCUACACACACCCACAGUGACCAGAUCAGAUUCAUUAUGGAUGUCCCUUUUCCAGAGUCCAUCAUCUGUGCUCUUGCUGUUGUGAAAGAUGUGUCCAUCUUGGAGGCUGAGGAGAAAUUCCUUCGAGGACCUGUCAUUGACGCAAGUGAGUGGGAUCACUUUGACCGCAGGAUAAAGAAACAAUUAAAGAAGAGUGGCAAACCAUUGGAGAGUCAUCUACAGGAGUCAUGCUGUUAAGAAAUAACCAAGUCAUGGUGUUAAUAAAUUUUUUUUGUGAACAACAAUAUUGUCUUUCUUUUAAAUGACCCUUGGAACUUUAGAAAAUUGUUAAAUUUUGUUGGUCUUCAUAAAAUGCUAUGUAGAACAUGUUCUGUUGCUGUAUAACGAGCAAUUGUGAAUUGUAAAGCAAAUAUUUCAUUUAGGAUC